UCCGCCCACAGUGAAAGGCGCGUCUAUUUUGUAGCGCCUUUACAGAAAAUUCUCUUCGUUCUUUCUCUCUCUCUUUUCUCUGAGCCAGCCCAUGGAUAGAGACUAAGCCCUCUUCUAUUCUGAGCGCCAGUGAUAGGAAAAGCUUAACCGUGAAAGAGCGAAGGAUUUAUCUGUUAGAAGCCUUCCCGUACAAGUGCCCCGUGUUUUAUAUAGCUUUAUAAUCUACAAGAAAGCACCAAGCAUGACAUCUUCAUCGGUCUACCCAGCACUCCAGUCAGUUCUUUGUUCUCCUCCUCUAAAAGCUCCUCGGAUUGCUUGGUUAGAUGUCAAAGCCCCUUCGUCUCCAUCGCCUGGUCCUUCUCCUCCUCAUGGAUUCUCUCAUCAUCAUGGUGGUGUUCUUUGUUCUCCUGUCCAUCACAUCAUAGAAGAGAAGGGUCCUCAAGAUGAGACGGUGACAUCAAGUGUGUCAUCUUGUUCGUCUUCUUGUGUGUGUACAUUCAUCAAUGAGGACAAUGUGAGAGGAGGAGAGAUGUGUUCAAGAGAAGACGGAGCCUCCAACGAUGAUGAGGUCUUUACUGAUCAAAUGGUGUCUCAUGUUUCUCCAAAGAAGAGAAAGCGUCUUCAUGGUGACAGAUACCCUCCUUUUUUUUCAGUGUUAGUUCCUGAUAGUUCACCUCCUCCAGUACAGCAGCUAGUCUCUCCUAGUCAGUCUCAUCAGGUGUUCCCCUCUUUUACAAUCAGCGGAAAUUAUAACAUCAACAAUAAUGGGGACACGUCUCUUAGUCACAUUAAUUAUAAUAAGUUUCUUUGUGGUGAUGCUGCCACUUCUUUCACUGUCUCUUCUUCUCCUUCUGCUGUGACCCUCAGCAACCAACCUGUCUCAUGUCUCUGUAGUAGCAGUAAUAGCAGUUCAUUUUGUCUAUGUUCAAGUCUUAUCUGUGACCAGUCAAACUUAGCUGAUGGUUUAGCUUCACUCCCCAGAGACCAGGCCUUCCUUCCUGACGACUACCUUCCAAAUUUAACCCUUCCCUCACUCAAUUAUGAGCAGUUAGGGGUGCAGCAGGUUGAUAUAACGCCUGCGGACGAGACCAAGCCACUAGUUAUUAACACUGUGUCAUGUGACAGUGGUGGGACUGCUGAUGGGGCAGGGCAAUCUAGUGAGGGGGCGUCAGCUAUUGUAUCAUCAGUGAAUCCCGGUGAUAUUAAUAACCCUUUUUCUUUCAUUCGUUCUUUGCCUCCAUUGACAAGUGAGAUUACUAACAGACCUCCGGUUUUACCGAGGAGAACAAGAAGGACUCCUGAAUUCUGUCUCGUCCUUGACUUGGAUGAGACUUUGGUCCAUUGCAGUCUGUCUAAGUUAGAAUUGGCCAAUUUCACUUUUAAAGUUGAGUACAGCAACCAGCUCUUUGAUGUGUACGUCCGUCUCAGACCCUAUUUCCACGAGUUUUUAGAACGGGUCUCAAAACAAUUUGAGGUGAUCCUCUUCACUGCCUCCACUAAAGUGUACGCCGAUAAACUGUUGGAUCUCAUCGACCCAUCAAGACGACUAGUCAAGCACAGGCUCUUCAGGGACCACUGUGUCUGUGUGGACGGUAACUUUAUUAAGGAACUGGGGAUCCUGGGGAGAGACCUGGCCAAGACUAUCAUUGUGGAUAAUUCACCUCAAGCUUUUGGAUAUCAGUUGUCCAACGGAGUACCCAUUGAGAGCUGGUUCAUGGACGAGAAUGAUGAGGAACUUAUGAAACUCCUCCCCUUUCUAGAGUCACUCCUGGACAAGGAUGAUGUGAGACCAUUAAUACGUGACAGAUAUUGUAUGCAUGAGAUUAUAUUGAACUAUUGAAUCACUCCCCCCUCCCCCUCUCUCUCUCCUAGUGUAUCAAUGUAUAUCCUUGUAAUCUCCUGUUGUGUAAUCUUUUUUUGUAUUUUUGUGAUGUAAAUAUACACAAAUAUAUAUUUAUCCUUUUUUCUUGUUUAUUAUUUUUGUAUGUGCAUGUAUGGUGUACAUAUAUAUUGCUUUGUGUACCUUUUUUGCUAUAUAUAAUGUACGUGUUUAUUUUGUAUGUUAAUGAAAUAUUUAAUCACUCCAA